CCCGGUGGCUCGGGGCAAGGGAGGUGGGGGAGAGGGCGAGGGGAGUGGCCGCGGCCUCCCCUCGCCCCUGGGUUGCGGCCUAGCCCGGGAAGUCUGAGCGGGUCCUUAGGCCCAGCGGUAACGACCCUCCUCCCCCACCUCCCGCUCGCCGCCCUCGCCGGAGCGAGCUGGGAGCCCGGGGCUCCCGCUCCCAGUUCCAUCCACCCCACCCCCACCCCCUGCACCCCACCCCUACGGCGCCUGCUCCUUUCCCAACAACCUUCUUCCCCUCCCCCACAUCCGGUGUUGGCGAAACCGUAGGAGCCGGGAGCAGCCCCGGAAAGCCGACUUGUUCCCGGUCUCCCGGAGAGAGAACUGACACUAGAUUGCUUUCUUCGCGACACUUUCCCUAGUUUAGCGGACCCCCACUGCCUAAAUCAAACUGAGUGCCAGGAGCUGAAUUUACCUACUCUCAUUCCUCUCCAGGGUCCCACUACUUGGGAGAUACUCUCAAACUCCACAUACUGAAAGCCACCGACCUAAAUCCGGUAUCCUACACCCCUUCCCUACCUUAAUUAACUCCCACCCCAGCCCUCCGCAUCGGAGUCAAGAACAACAGGGACACUUCCGUUCUCCUUGUAGGAUUGAUGAAAUCGUAAUGAAGAACACCCCCUAAAGUCCCAUAAUCGGUGCGGAUUCCUAUGGGGAAGGCCCAUGUUGUUGACAUCUUGCAGGCCUUGGUUCUGGACCUUGAGAAGGAGGCUGUGGAACUAGUGAUAGCGAUGCUUUUUAGGAUUUGGGGAUAUUCCCUGCCCAAAAAUUUCCUGGAAAAUUGACUAGUAUUAAGUGUGAGUAAAAGGUGUCCACUUUUUUUUAAGUUUCGAUUUUAGUUUUGUCUUGGAUAGUAUUUGGCAAGAUUUAGCCUAGAAAUUAUGUAGUAUUUAUUACAUGAGAAUCAAAAUUGCUUUGUUACGGGGCUGGUUUCAAAAUUUAGAACUCAUUUCUAUGUAUCAAAAUCGUUUUUUGUUUUUGUUUUUUUGGGUUUUUUGUUUUUUGGUUUUUUUUUUUUUUUUUUAAUUCUUAAAUGGUAAAUGUACCAUUGUGAAAUGAAAUUUCAACUCCAAAAGUUUACCCUUUUACUAACUGGAGUAAUUGAAUAAUUACAAAGUCUUUAGUUGAGCUAUCACUUGUGGGGGGAAAAAAAAAAAAAAGAAACUAGGCUGCGUAAGCAAGCCUUCGCAGGGCCGAUAUUGAAUGUCAUGCCAGUGACACUGGAAGAAAAAGUCUUCCCUUAGAUAGAAGCUUUCUGUAUUUUGACCGCACCAGUUCAGGAUGGCUGUAAUGCUGCUCUGCCUUCCACAGCUUGCUGUGCCGCUCUGUAGUUACUCGAUAACUAUACGUUUCUAUCUUUUUUGGUUAAACACUCCCUGAAGAUGAUAAAUAUGAUAAUGAUGUACGUACAUCCGUAUUAUACACAUUGAUUCAUGUGUAAGGCUUUCCCUUCAUGUUUAUUCUGUGGGCUGGGCAAAAUUUAGUGUGACAUACCGAUACACGUCAUGAUACUUUGGUAUAAGAGUAAGUUCACUAUUUUUAUAAUGAACCCAAAUCUGAAGGCUUUUGUAGUGUGUUUUAAAAGGGAAAACUUACCCAGAUGUUUUAUUUCUACACAUUUGUGUAUAUGUGUGUGUGUGUGUAUAAGCCAGUUAGUAUAUAUGUAUAUGUAUAUUAUAUACAUAAAACACUUUAUAUUUUUUCAUACAAGUAUGCUUUUAUUAUACAGAUAAUAAAGAUGGGGGAAGGUUUCUGUUUUUUUCUUAAUAGGUGAAGAAAUCUUGAAGACCAGAAAUUGGAUCUUAUUGAAUUUUGGUGUUCUUUUUCUUUUUUCUUUUUCUUCUUUCUUUUUAAAUUCUAUUGUUCGGCUAUGGAAGAUGGAUUUUUUUUUUUUUUCCCAAUAAUCCUUUGACUCUGAAGUUCAUCUUUAAAUGAACUCUGUUUUUGUUGGUUUUUAUUUUUGUUUUUGUUUUUGAGGAGAUAACUAAGCCUAGCUGUCUCCAGUCUGACAAAGGUUAUUCGAAUGGACUUAAUCUCCCAGUAGUUGGGAGAUGUUUUAAAAACACGUCCUGUGUUUGAAUUGUGGCUGAGAGGUUUCCUUGGCAAUGUGAGGAGGAAAAUUCUUUCUGCCCCAUUAUUAUUAAUUCAUGGAUUGAGUGUUGGUUCGACCUACAGGCGUAAUAGAUUGGAACUCAGUGAAGACACAGAGGUUCCUGUUGAGAGCAACCAGCUAAUGAUUGCAUUUUAAAGACGAUUUCUCUGAUUGAGUUGUCUUUUGGAAGACUAAACCCAUUUCAAGAGGACUUGGAGCUAGCCCUCGCCUUGAGGAAGCAGUGGCUUGCUUUCAAGAAGCCAUUUCUGAUAUAAGGAUCUACUCAGCAUGCCUAAUCAAGGAGAAGACUGCUAUUUUUUUUUCUAUUCUACAUGUACCAAAGGUGACAGCUGUCCCUUCCGUCACUGUGAAGCUGCGCUAGGAAAUGAAACUGUUUGCACAUUAUGGCAAGAGGGGCGCUGUUUUCGACAGGUGUGCAGGUUCCGGCACAUGGAGAUUGACAAAAAACGUAGUGAGAUUCCUUGUUACUGGGAAAAUCAGCCAAUGGGAUGUCAGAAACUAAACUGCGCUUUCCAUCACAACAGAGGACGUUAUGUUGAUGGCCUUUUCCUACCUCCAAGCAAAACUGUGUUGCCUACUGUGCCUGAGUCACCCGAAGAGGAAGUGAAGGCUAACCAGCUCACAGUUCAACAGAACAAAUUGUCUGUCCAGUCUAAUCCCUCCCCUCAGCUGCGAAGUGUUAUGAAAGUAGAAAGUUCAGAAAACGUUCCUAGCCCCACCCAUCCACCAGUUGUAAUCAAUGCUGCUGAUGAUGACGAAGAUGAUGAUGAUCAGUUUUCUGAGGAAGGUGAUGAAACCAAAACACCCAUCCUGCAACCGCCUCCUGAAGCUCAUAAUGGAUUACGGACAGCCUCUGCCCGGAAACCUGGAGUCAAUUUGAAACAAGGUGAAUGUUUGAAUUUUGGAAUAAAAACUCUUGAGGAGAUUAAGUCAAAGAAAAUGAAGGAAAAAUCCAAGAAGCAAGGUGGAGAAGAACCCUUGGUAAGAUUGAGCCUCACCGAGAGACUGGGAAAACGAAAAUUUUCAGUAGGGGGUGACAGCGAUCCUCCGUUAAAGCGUAGCCUUGCGCAGAGGUUAGGGAAGAAAGUGGAAGCUACAGAAACGAACACUGACAAAGCACCAAAGAAAGUUCACGUUUCCAAGUCUCUGAAGGAGCGAUUAGGCAUCUCAGCUGCUCCCAACAGUGAGGAGGCAGUAGAGCGAGGCGCUAAAGUUGGUGAAAUCCAUGUGAAGACAUUAGAAGAAAUUCUUCUUGAAAAAGCUAGUCAGAAACGUGGAGAAUUGCAACCUAAACUGAAGACCGAAGGACCUUCCAAAGUUGAUGAUGCUACUUUAGGAACAAGAAGCCCCUCCACCAUCAGAAUCAAAACCUUCUCUGAGGUCCUGGCUGAAAAGAAACAUCGGCAGCAGGAAGCAGAGAGACAAAAAAACAAAAAGGAUGUAACUUGCAUCAAGCUAAAGACAGAUAGUGAAAUUAAAAAAACAGUGGUUUUGCCACCUGUAGUUACCAGCAAAGGACAAUCAGAGGAGCCCACAGGUAGAGCAAAGUCUAUGCAGGAGGUGCACAUCAAGACGCUGGAGGAAAUCAAACAGGAGAAGGCACUGCGGGUACAGCAGAGCUCUGAGAGCAGCACCAGCUCCCAGCCUCAGCCUGAGGCCACCCCAGGGGCAAGGCGGCUUCUCCGAAUCACAAAAAAAACAGGUAUAAAAGAAGAGAAGAAACUACAAGAAGGGAGUGAAGUUGCUUCCCAGAGCGGGGUUAAUAGAACAGAAGCUAAAGAGGUUUCAGAAGAGACCACAGGAGUUGGCAUUACUAAAAUUCAAGUCAAGAGAUGUGAGACCAUGAGAGAGAAGCACAUGCAGAAACAGCUGGAGAGGGGACCCUCACAGAAGGAGAAAUCAGUUCUGACACCUCUCCGGGGAGACGUAGACUCUUGCAAUACUCAGAUAGGAGAGAAGCCUGUGCUCACUCCUGUGCCGGGCCUCACACGGCACCUGGCAAAGCGGCCUUCCACAAAGUCGUCCCCAAAGGCAGAGGUGGAAACCUCAGGCAGUGGGGACUCGAUAUUGAAUGUGAAGUGUGCAGCACAGAGCUUAGAAAAACGGAGUAAAGCUAAACCCAAAGUCAAUGUGAAGCCAUCUGUGGUUAAAGUUGUCUCAUCCCCCAAAUUGGCCCCCAAACGCAAGGCAGUGGAGGUGCACCCUGCUGUCAUUGCAGCUGUGAAGCCGCUCAGCUCCGGCAGCGCCCUGCAGGAAAGCCCCACCAAAAAAGCAGCUGUGGCAGUUGUCCCACUCCUUUCGGAGGACAAAUCAGUCACUGUGCCUGAAAUGGAAAAACCUAGAGACAGUCUUGUGUUGCCUCCAACCCAGUCCUCUUCAGAUUCCUCCCCACCAGAAGUAUCUGGCCCUUCUUCUUCUCAGAUGGCUACGAAAACUCGCCGACUCAGUUCCACCUCGACAGGAAAGCCCCCGCUUUCUGUGGAGGAUGAUUUUGAGAAACUAAUAUGGGAGAUUUCAGGAGGGAAAUUAGAAGCUGAGAUCGACUUGGAUCCUGGGAAAGAUGAAGACGACCUUCUGCUUGAGCUGUCAGAGAUGAUUGAUAGCUGAAGGCGGUAGAACAUUUAAAAAAAAAAAAAAACUGGACUUAGUUUCAUCUAUUACAACAUUUACCCAAGAUGAUCAUUUCUUUAGUCUAGCAUUUGCCCCAAAUCAGAAGUAUACCUCUGAAUUACCUGUAUGUGUCCUGGAUUCCUUGGGGUCGGAUUUUUAAAGUCCCUCGAUAACCAUUUUGUCCAUUCGAUGCCAUGGUUUAGCAUCUGUGAGAAAAAUGUUCUGUCUUACACCUCUCCACAAAAAACUGAGAGGGAGAUCCAAGUCGCAGGGUGCAAGAGAACUUAGUGACUCCUUGAGGUGUCUGUCAGUUUGGGCUCCCCCCCCCACCUUUUGCUGUAGUAUUUCUUUUAUGUCUUGUCUUAAUGUACUUAUUAAUGUAACCUGAGCUCGAAAAGGAUGAAGACCAGCUGCUGCCAGUAAGGACCAAAUUUCACUCAGUCACUAAACAAAAGAUCCACUCCGUCUGCGUUAAAUUGUGUGUCAUUUUAAAAGUAUUUGGAGAUUCAACUAAGCUUUAGAGAAGGCUGAGCAACUCUGGAAGCUUAUAAUCUGGACAUAACUUUUUCGACCCGAUUUCCAUGCUUCUGCUGCUCUGUAAGCCUCUGAAGAGCAAUAGCUAAUUUAUUAUUACUGUAAUUUUUUUAAGGCUUUAAAGUGCCUCAGGGGUCCUCUGAAACUAAUUUUCUAUUUCUGGGAUUCCCUGGAUCCUUAAUAAGAGAUGGUGACAUAAUGAUUAGAGGAAUUCUUUUUUUUUUAGCAUGAAAGUUGUCCCUUCUCUUCUUCAAUACUUGCCUCCUACUGGUAUUGAAUUAUCACAGGGAUUAAAAUCGGUUAAUUUUUUAUUCUAACUCUCCCAGCAAACUCCUCUUGCCCAGUAUUUAUUUGGUGCCCGUUAACCACCAGAGGGAAAAAAACAUGAACUCCUCCAAGCCGCCAGUAUUUGUCUCUGGACUGUAGCAGUGCACUGAAUUGUACUGUCGCAGGGCUGAUUGAGAUGCUCUGGGGGUGUAUUGUAUACCUUCCAGUUUUCUUCAUUUCUGAAUUGAAUUUUCUUUUCUUGAUGUCAGUCUCCUUCAUACCACCUCAAGGUUUAGACUUGUGAAGGAACAAGUAUGAUGGGGAUAAGAGUCUUGAAAGGAGACAUAUUGUACAUAAUCAGAAGGAAGAGGAAAGAAGGACUUGUCCGAUUUGCAAUUUUGCUGUAGGUGGCCAGUUCUGUUUCUCAUAGGGAAAUCUGGUCCACCUGUCGCGUUGGCUCCUAAGGAACUGCUGUUGUAAGCAGCUCAUCAAGAGUUGCACCUCACGUAGCCUUGUUGGGAACAUGGAAACGGAAGAAAGCCACAGGACUGCCCGUUCAGUCUUGGGAAGAUCUGGAUGAUUCUGCACAAGCAAAAAUGACUUGAAAUUUAUGUAUAGACACCUCUCCACCAAUCCAUCUUCAGCUGACUGAAUGUUGUAUAAUAGCCCUUCUCCAAAGCAGGGGUGGAAUGUUCUGGUUUCACCACAGAUUUUCUACUCAUUUCAUUUUUGGAAUCCACUUAAAGAUUCCAGGUCCCUUUUGUAUAUAACCUUUAUCCUUUUGCUUUUUUAAAAAUAAUUUUGUUUCAUAUUUAAAGUCCUUGUAUUAGUCAAUGAUUCAUGUUCAGCAUUAUUUGAACCAUUUGCCAUUACAAGAAAGAGAAAUACUUAUUUGUGUUUUAAAUAAAACUGGUGUAGGAAAGUCUGGA